AUGAAGUUUGCUCUGUUUGCUACCGCCCUUUUGCCUCUUACCGGUGCCUUUAUGGCUCCAGCUCCCGUGAGGAAAAGCACUGCAUUGGGACCUUUCUUCCCUGAUCCCGCAGGUACAGACUCUAACCCUCUGCGAACCCACGAUUAUGGAGCCAACGCCCCUGGCUCUGAUCAAGCUCCUGAUGGCACCAAACCCCCUCAACUCUCUACCCUGAACAAGGGAACGUAUGAGCGCUUGAAUGGUCACCACCACGAACUCGACAGGCCAAUUUACCCCGACCCCGCCAACACCCCUAGCAAUCCUCUGUCUGUCGCAGACCAACAGUACCCCAGCACAGGAGAAGCCCCCGAUGGUACCAAGCCUCCUCAGGUUUCGACACUCAACAAGGGAACGUACGAAAGGUUGAACUCGUACCAGGCUCCAGUGGCCGUCAACAACGACAAUCCGUUCUCCAAGGGAUUCUAA